AUGGUGAAAAUCCCAGCGUUUGAGGUAGAGCAGUGGAUGGACAAGUACGAGAUUACGCCAGGGGUACUGAACAUCGCCGAAACAUGCUGCUCGUCUAUAUCGAUCGAUCAACUUAAACAAUUCAAUAGUGAUCAACAAAGCGACGUUCAUCCGCUGAUCGAUUUCUCUAAGCCUAUGACGUACGGUCCGAUUCGGGGAUCUGACGAACUGCGGCGGAAUAUCAUAGCCAUGUAUAACGAAGAUGAUACGAGGACGACAGUUGCUCCUCUGUCCACCGAGAACGUUAUUGUUACGCAGGGAGCUAUAUCCGCCAACCACUUAGUAUUCUACAGCCUCGUCGGGCCAGGGGAUCAUGUGGUUUGCGUCCUCCCAACCUAUCAACAGCUGUACUCUAUCCCCGAGUCUUUAGGGGCUGAGGUUUCCUUAUGGAAGCUCAGACCGGAGAACGGAUAUAUUCCCGAUGUCGCUGAGCUCGACACCUUGAUCAGGGAUAAUACGAAGAUGAUCGUCAUUAACAAUCCUAAUAACCCAACGGGAGCGACAAUUCCGAAAAAGGUGCUGGCUAAGAUAAUCGAUCUUGCGCAAAAACACGGCAUCAUCGUAUUCUCAGACGAAGUUUAUAGGCCGCUGUUCCAUAGCCUCGAACCGGAAAAUAUCCCACCGUCGGCACUAGGGUUAGGUUAUCCCAAGGUCGUAGUUACCAGUUCCAUGUCAAAGUCGUGGGCCCUAGCAGGUAUUCGAGUGGGUUGGGUGGCGUCGCUAGAUGCUUCCAUCAUCGAAACCAUCGCGUCCGUCCGCGAUUACACCACUAUCAGUGUGUCACAGCUCGACGACCAGGUGGCGCGGUACGCUCUGAGCGCCUCCGUACGAUCGCAGCUCUUAGCGCGGAACAUUUCUUUAGCUAAAGAAAACAUACAGCGACUAGAGAAAUUCAUCCAAGACCACUCGAGCGUAUGCUCCUGGGUGAAACCGACAGCAGGAACUACAGCAUUCGUGCAGUUUAAGGACAAGAAAGGGGCUCCAGUGGACGACGAAGCCUUCUGUAAGGAUGUGUUGAAUAAAACUAAAGUUAUGUUUCUACCUGGGUCUCGCUGUUUUGGAUAUGGCCAGGCUUCAUCCUUUGAUGGGUUUGUCCGCAUCGGAUACGUGAACGAGACGGAGAUACUGCGCCAAGCAUUAGAGAAGCUUGGUUCAUAUCUAGUGGACAACUUGGAGUGA